GAUGUAUUGACUUCUACACUUUUGUCUCCUAAUUUCAGAGAUUCUUCCAUCCGAAAACAUGACCGCGCCAGAAAAGAGCUACGUCGCCGAGCCCUCGUCAGACAUCAAAAGCCCAAGCGAACCCACAGGCUCCGGCUCCUCACCGCGUAAACGGUUGAAAACAAAGGAUGAAUCGAGGACUGCCAACUUAAACGAUAAGGGGAUUUUCGUUCUAGAAGCCGAUGUAGCUGAAGAUAAAGGUUCUAGGCCAACUAUGGAGGACGCCUGGGUGGUGCUUCACGACGCCGCCUUGGAAUCUGCCGGAGAUUUGAGAUGUGCGCAUUUUGCAAUUUAUGAUGGACAUGGAGGCCGAUUAGCUGCAGAGUAUGCACAGAAGCAUUUGCACAAGAACGUGCUUUCAGCAGGCUUACCACGUGAGUUGUUGGAUGUGAAGUGUGCAAAGAAGGCUAUACUCGCUGGAUUUCAAAGUGUGGAUGAGGCCCUCCUUCAGGAAAGUGCUGCAGGGGGAUGGCAAGAUGGUGCCACAGCUGUAUGUGUAUGGGUGUUGGGGCAAACAGUGUUUGUUGCUAAUAUUGGCGAUGCAAAGGCAGUGGUAGCCAGGUCAUAUGCAGCUGAUGGUUCACAUUGUGAUUCGAGCGGAUCAAAUUCAUUGAAGGCCAUUGUUUUGACAAGGGAACACAAAGCCAUAUAUCCACAAGAACGAGCACGCAUUCAGAAGGCUGGUGGAUCUGUCAGUUCGAAUGGACGCUUGCAGGGACGACUUGAGGUUUCUAGAGCAUUUGGAGAUCGGCAAUUUAAGAAGGUGGGUGUUAUUGCAACUCCUGAUGUUCAUUCAUUUGACCUUACUGAGAGAGAUCAGUUUAUAAUUCUUGCCUGUGAUGGCUUGUGGGGGGUGUUUGGACCAAGUGAUGCGGUUGACUUUGUUCAAAAGCUGUUGAAGGAGGGUUUACCAGUUAGAGAAGUUUGCCGCCGCCUUGUGCGAGAAGCUGUCAGAGAACGCUUGUGCAAAGAUAACUGCACUGCAAUUGUCAUUGUUUUCAAGAAGCAGUGACAAAGAAAAGUGUCGUUCAGAUUCCAGUGACAAAGAAAAGUGUCGGGAGUUUUACUUUUGCAAUUUUCAUUAACUGUGUGUGAUGUGGAUCUAUUUUUAUUAUGUGCAGCUUCACAAGAUCUUUAAUACCUUACCGGAUAGGCUGCCUUGAUAGAUAUAUGAUGGUUUUACUGUUAACAUGGCUUUGAGUUUCAAUUGCCAGAAUUUGGUAUUGGGAUUUGAGCAAACAUGAGACAAAUUGAUGUUUUGAUGAGUGCACAGUUGACCAACUGCCAUGAACCAAACUAACCUGUUCAUGCUAAGUCACAUAAGGUUCAGUCAAGAAGAAAAUUUGAAGGAUUAGUUUACAACUUGGUCGGGGUAUGACCUGUAUUUGAAGUAAAAUAAAAUGAGUUG